AGAAAGUAUGGCAGGGAAGAGUAAACGACUUCGUACAUAAACUAGGAACAGCUUGGGACAUGACUGGUGAUACGGUACACGGAUUUGUGAAGGAUUACAUGACAAACACUGCGGAGAGUAUUGGUAAUACGAGUCAACGUGUCGAUGGCGAAUUUACAUCUCGUAGCGAGUGGCCAAUAAGGGCUGUAACAAGACCGAGACACAGAAGUAGGGCAGGAGUUUCCGGUUCUAGCCAGAGACCGAAUGAAGCUGAACAAAGUACAGAAGUGUCUUUCAAAGGUACAAUGGCGCAGAGCCACCGCGCAAUGAAUCGCACCAGAGUCAAGGUCAUAUACCCGAUAAACUCGAACGAUACUAAGGCUUCAAAUAUUACCACGGAUCAGGCGUCAAAUGGUGCUACAGUCCAGAGCAACAAAGGACAGGUACCAAAAGAUACUACCAGGAAAAAGACCAGGAAGCCGUUUGCAAAUCAUCGUAGUGGAGAAAGGAUGAAUGGCAAGCAUGAAGGGAUUGGCUUGAAGAUUAUCACACCCUUAUUACACGAGCUGUACAGCCAUUUGCAAGAUGGUUGGAAUCAGGUACCUGACGCAGCGUCCUUGGUAAAUUAUCUGACGAAAAACUUCAAACAAGGCCUUCAAAUUCGCCACAGGACUCAAGAGCGACGGCCAAAGGUCCGCCUGAGGGACUAUGCCAAAAGGCCUGGGCAGAUCAUAGCGUCGCUGUCAUGUCUACUUUGUAUAAUUCUCGCUGUGUGUUGUGCGCGGAGAUUCUCGUCUUGGCGCAAGGAGACAAUGCCUCCUUUUGUGCACCGACGCGGCAAGAAGAGACGCCGCGGGAACUCCUACAGGAAUAUUGUUAGUGACUUUCUGAGAUGGAUAAGCGAGACUACAGUUCAUCCCAUUUUUGCAAGACUUGAGGCGACCUGUUCAAGAGAAAACCUGAUUCACGUCUGGUUAGGGAUUCUGCAAUUUGCAGAAAACCUUGAUGGCUAGAUUGACAGAUGCAUGUCUCGCUUUGAAUCUGGCUACUCUCACACGGUCACCAGGAAUACUUCCUAUGUUCUUCUUGUUGAAAAAAAAAAAAACGAUUUCAUAAUUAUCUUGCUGCUAUAGCCUGACCUCUUUUUAUUGGAAAAAUCAUGACUUCUGAAUAAAAAAAACUUGACACAGA